AUGAAUACAAUGAAAACCUCAGCUACUAGUUGUUGUAUGUUGGCUGUUGUAGUUAUCCUGAUGAUGGCCACUAUCUUUGCUGUCAAUGGAUCCUUGACUCCAAAGGAAAGAACAACAUACGGAGUGCCAAGCGAUUUGUUGGAUAAAUACACACAAACAUCUGAAAACCAAAAAUUUAAAUGUUUAAAAUCGAAUGAGGAAAUUCCCUUCUCUUCUGUAAAUGAUAAUUAUUGUGAUUGUGCUGAUGGAAGUGAUGAACCAGCUACAAGUGCUUGUAGUAAUUCCGAUCUUUCUUUUAGUGAUGAUGUUAAAUUCUAUUGUAGAAAUAAGCACUACAAAUCACAAUACAUUUCCCACAGCAAGGUUAACGAUGGUGUUUGUGAUUGUUGUGAUGGUUCCGAUGAAAACUUUGCCUCUUCUAUGGGUGAAGCAUCUCUCAGAGUUUGUGAAGAUACCUGUAAAGAUUUAGGAAAGGAAAUUGUUGCUAGUUUACAAAAUGAAAUUGCUGCCAUUAAAUCAGCAAUCCAUUCUGUCUAUGCUGAUCUUGAAUAUGGUAAGAAUAAGCUUGCUGAAAUGAAAACUCAAUCAGAUGAUUUGCAAUCCAAGAUUACUGAAAAGGAAACCACAUUAAAUGAAUUGCAAACAAAGAAGGAAGAAGCUGAAAGAGUUGAAAGACUCGAAAAGGACUUGCUCAGAGCUAAGAAGAUGAGAGAUUGGGAAGAAGCUCAAGCUGCCAAAGAAAAGGAAGAACCAGCACCAACACCUGUUGCAGUUGACCAACCAACUGGAGAAAAUACUGAAGGAGAACAACCAACUGGAGAAAAUGUUGAACCUCCAAAAGUUGAAGAACCAGCCCAAUUUUUUGAUGAUGAUGAACUUAAUAACUUCAAGUUGCCAGGUAAGUAG